UCAGUCACUACCUCCCCACCGAGCCAGCUCAGCUGGGCAGGCCGAGAGGGAGUGGGACAGUCUGGGAGUGCAGCGCAGCGGGGAGGAGUCCUGGCUGGGCCGAGCUGGGGAGCUGCUUGGCAGUGCCAGAGCCCGGACCCCAGAGCCCUACUGGACAGGAGGUGGACUGAGGAGACAGGCCAGUGAGGACCUGAAGGAAGGAGAUGGCGGACUGCUACACGGAGCUGGAGAAGGCCGUCGUCGUCCUGGUGGAGAACUUCUAUAAAUACGUGUCUAAGCACAGCCUGGUCAAGAACAAGAUCAGCAAGAGCAGCUUCCGCAAGAUGCUCCAGAAAGAGCUGAACCACAUGUUGACGGACACAGGAAACCGAAAGGCUGCUGACAAGCUCAUCCAUAACCUGGAUGCCAACCAUGACGGGCGCAUCAGCUUUGACGAGUACUGGACCUUGAUAGGUGGCAUCACCAGCCCCAUCGCCAACCUCAUCCGCGAGCAGGAGCAGCAGAGCUAGAGGCCCGACCCCUGCCAGCCCUGGUGUUCGUCCCAGCCUCCCUCAGUGUCCGUGGCCCUCCCAGCCCCUUUCCUCCUUCUCCCUCUGGGUGUCUCCUGACCCUUGCUGCACAGCGGAGCGGAGAUAUCAGGGUUCUUUGUGAGUGUCUCAGUCUGAGGGUGCUUUCCUCAGGGUCUCAGUCCCUGGAGCCAGCAGACCCUCGGGGCUCCUCUGUGAGAUCUCAGUGCUGUUGGGGACCCCCAGAAUUUCCCUACCUGUUCAGUCCACUUACCCUCCCAACACCUGAUGUUCCUGUCCAGUUCCUGCCUGGUUCCUGCCGGCUUCUGGGUCUGUCCUGACACCCAGAGGUGAGUUUACUGACGAAGUUUCCCUGUACCUGGUAGCAGCAGCCGAGACCUUGCCCUUGCCCCCAGCCCUUCCUGGGGUGGGGUCGGGGAAGCGCCUUCAGGGACUCCCCUCCAGCUGCCUCUGUCUGGGAAUGAGCUAAGCAGGGCUGAGCGAAUUCCUCUGCUCAGCCACUGAAAUAGUGGCAAUAAAGGCUGGAUUUGGAGUUUG